AUGGAACUUCUGAAAAAAGAAUCUGAAAUCGUAGUACUAAGUAAUAAGCUUAGUACCCGAGAUGCAAUUGAUGACCAGCUGCAAUUAACCAAAGCAAAACUUGAGAACGAAUUAUUCGAAAAUAGGAUUAAAACUGAUCAAAUUCGUGUUUUGGAGGAGCAAAUUGAAGCUGCUAAUAAAAAAUACGAAAAUGAAAUUCGAGAAAAAGAUAAAUGUAUUAGUGAGCUUUUUUCAAAGCUAAAAGCAGCUGAAGAUGCUAAUAAACCGAUGGCUGAAACCAAUGCUAAACUCAUAGAUGAAAUUCAUGAGUUGAAGAAUUUGUUAGCAAAGAAAGAAGCUGACCUAGCAAAAUGUGGUAAUUGUUACGAUGAAAUGCGAAAAGCUGAAGAAUUAAUUGAACAAAUUCGUUCUGAACGCGAUGAAGUACGAUCAACUCUUAAUAAAAUACCAACUUGUGUUAUUUGUCUUGAUAAACGGCCACAGAUGUUAUACAUGCCAUGUUCGCACUUUAUUUGUUGCGAAGGAUGUGGAAGUCGCUUUGAGCAAUGUCCUGCUUGUCGACAAAAAAUAUGUGGCAAAAUUACGGUUUAUCAAUAA